AGGAAAGAACUCCGACACCCCAAAUCAUUCAAACAGAAUAAGACACCCUAAAUAGUGCACUAUAUUGUGGAUAGGGGACGAAUUCAGACACUGCUACAGUUUGAGCGCUCAGUUCUUUACGUGUUCAAUGUGUUUUACAUCAUUUGUGAGAUUUAUAUUUAAUUUGAGUUGCGUUUUGUUGUGCAUGUUGUUUUUCUUUCUUUGGUGUUUUAGUUAGAGGUCGACCAAUAGUGGGUUUUGCUGAUACCGAUAAUUAAGGUGGGAAAAUAGACAGAUAUCCGAUUAAUCGGCGGAUAGUUUUUCAGAUGUAUAAUAUGAAUGAAAACUUUCCACUCAGUGGACAAGAGUGCUGAACUUUAGUAAGUAUUACUUUGAUAAAUUAAAUCUGCCACACUGGUACCUUCUUUAAAACCUUUACCAUCUGAAAUGAAAGAAAAUAUGAAUUAAAAUAUCACAGGUCGAAUGUGUUUGUUGUUAAGCAGUAACAUAAGACACUGCCUAACAAAGCCAAAUAGUGACUGUAUGCUUCGUCAGAACGGAGAAAGAAAAAAAAUAUAAACUUUAAAGGGGUCAUGAAUUGGAAAAUCAAACUUACCAUAAUAUCUUGACAUAUAAGAGUUCAUAGCACUGUACAAACAUACUGUAAAUUUCAGAACCAAAAACUUCUUCAUUAGUCCAAAAAAAGGCUUUAUUGAAACCAAGGUGCCAAAACGACUCGUUCUCUACUUCCUCCUCACUAAUACGUCACAGUGAGGUAUUGCAUCAGCACAGGCCUGUAAUAAACAUAAACAAACAGAUCAACACCUACUGUAUCGUCGACACUGCUUAGGCCCGCUCACCGAUCUUGCCGUUAGAGUAGAGCGGUAAGAUUACCUUUGGAGCAACAGGAGGUGUCACGAUGGCCACGAAGAUGUCAAGACGUUGUGCAGUGCCAGGCUGUGGGAAACUACAUUUCUUGCAUUUGCUUCGCAAGGAUCCCAACAUUAAGAAAGAGUGGUUGACGUUUAUUUUUAAUGAAGUCCCAGAUCACGUCAGUAAGAACGUGUUUGUUUGCUCGCUUCAUUUUACCGAUGAUUCUUUCACAAACAAGACACAGUUCGAGGCAGGCUUUGCAGAGAGACUUAAAUUAAAAGUUGAUGCAGUGCCAACUAUAUUGGACCCAACAGUGAUGUCGCAACAAACAAGUAUGUUCAUCAUGAGAGAGCAGGUGGAUGUGAUUCACACUGGAGAACAGCAGAUGCUGCAGACACCAGUGAAGAUUGAAGUGAAGCAGGAGGAGAUAAAAGAAGAAAACACAACAGAAGAAGAACAGAGUGAUGAAGAUGAUGAUGAACAGCAGAUGCUGCAGACACCAGUGAAGACUGAAGUGAAGCAGGAGGGGAUAAAAGAAGAAAACACAACAGAGGAACAACAGAGAGAUGAAGAUGAUGAUGAACAGCAGAUGCUGCAGACACCAGUGAAGAUGUGUUCAGUGAAGCUGCUGGACUGCAGGAACCUGAUGAAGAUGAGAGGAGAAACCAAAGUAGAGGAACAACAGAGUGAUGAAGAGCUUAUGGAAGUGAAAGAGGAAAGUCAAGAGCUGAUUGAAUUGGAGGAGAAACUUCAGUGUCAGAAACAUCAUGAUUUCACAACUGGAGAAGAAUCUUCGAGUUGCUCACCAAAAAAUCCUCAAAAAAGAGCAACCAAAAAUACUUUAACCUGCUCUCAGUUUGAAAAAUGUUUAACGUAUAAACACAAUCUUAAUAAGCAGACAAGUAUUCAUACAGGAGAAAAGCCUUUCACGUGCCAUCAGUGUGAAAAGAGUUUCACAACUAAGCAUUAUCUUAAAGUACAUGAAAUUGUUCAUACUGGAGAAAUGCCUUUCACCUGUCAUCAGUGUGGAAAGGGUUUCACACAAAAAGGAUAUUUUAAUGAACACAUGAGAAUUCACACAGGAGAGAAGCCUUACAUGUGCCAUCAGUGUGGAAAGAGUUUCACAUUUGCAGCUACUUUCAAGAAUCAUCUCCGCCGUCACUCUGGAGAAAGGCCAUUUGAAUGUGAUCAUUGUGGUAAAACAUUUGUUUUGAGUUCAGACCUAAACCAACAUCUGAAACGGUACACAAAUGAGAAGCCUUACAAAUGUUCUUUUUGUGGAAAGGGUUUUGCACACCUGUGCUUUUUGAACACGCACCAGAAAAUACAUAUCAGCGUGAGGCCUCAUAAGUGCUUUGAAUGUGGAAAGACCUUUACAGCAGUUUCCAACUUGGAAAAGCACCAAAGAAUUCAUACUGGAGAAAAACCAUACAAGUGCUCACACUGUGAAAAGAGUUUCACUUGGUCACAAAACCUGAAAACACAUGAGAGAAUCCAUACUGGAGAAAAACCAUACAAGUGCUCACACUGUGGAAAGAGUUACACCCGGUCACAAUAUCUGAAAGCACAUGAGAGAAACCAUACCACUGCUCUUCAUGUUUCCACACAGCAGAUCAUGGCCCGCUCACCGAUCUUGCCGUUAGAGUGGAGCGGUAAGAUUACCUUUGGAGCAACAGGAGGUGUCACGAUGGCCACGAAGAUGUCAAGACGUUGUGCAGUGCCAGGCUGUGGGAAACUACAUUUCUUGCAUUUGCUUCGCAAGGAUCCCAACAUUAAGAAAGAGUGGCUGACGUUUAUUUUUAAUGAAGUCCCGGAUCACGUCAGUAAGAACGUGUUUGUUUGCUCGCUUCAUUUUACCGAUGAUUCUUUCACAAACAAGACACAGUUCGAGGCAGGCUUUGCAGAGAGACUUAAAUUAAAAAUUGAUGCAGUGCCAACUAUAUUGGACCCAACAGUGAUGUCGCAACAAACAAGUAAGUUCAUCAUGAGAGAGCAGGUGGAUGUGAUUCAUGCUGGAGAACAGCAGAUGCUGCAGACACCAGUGAAGAUUGAAGUGAAGCAGGAGGAGAUAAAAGAAGAAAACACAACAGAAGAACAACAGAGUGAUGAAGAUGAUGAUGAACAGCAGAUGCUGCAGACACCAGUGAAGAUGUGUUCAGUGAAGCUGCUGGACUGCAGGAACCUGAUGAAGAUGAGAGGAGAAACCACAGCAGAGGAAGAACAGAGUGAUGAAGAUAACAAUGAUUUUAUUACUUCAGAGCUUAUGGAAGUGAAAGAGGAAAGUCAAGAGCUGAUUGAAUUGGAGGAGAAACUUCAGUGUCAGAAACAUCAUGAUUUCACAACUGGAGAAGAAUCUUCGAGUUGCUCACCAAAAAAUCCUCAAAAAAGAGCAACCAAAAAUUUUUUAACCUGCUCUCAGUUUGAAAAAUGUUUCACAUAUAAACACAAUCUUAAUAAGCAGACAAGUAUUCAAACAGGAGAAAAACCUUUCACAUGCCAUCAGUGUGGAAAGAGUUUCACAACUAAGCAUUAUCUUCGAGUACAUGAAAUUGUUCAUACUGGAGAAAUGCCUUUCACCUGUCAUCAAUGUGGAAAGGGUUUCACACAAAAAGGACAUUUUAUUGAACACACGAGAGUUCACACAGGAGAGAAGCCUUACAUGUGCCAUCAGUGUGGAAAGAGUUUCGCAUCUGCAGCAACUUUCAAGAAUCAUCUCCGCCGUCACUCUGGAGAAAGGCCAUUUGAAUGUGAUCAUUGUGGUAAAACGUUUGUUUUGAGUUCAGACCUAAACCAACAUCUGAAACGGUACACAAAUGAGAAGCCUUACAAAUGUUCUUUUUGUGGAAAGGGUUUUGCACACCUGUGCUUUUUGAAUGCACACCAGAAAAUUCAUAUCAGCGUGAGGCCUCAUAAGUGCUUUGAAUGUGGAAAGACCUUUACAGCAGUUUCCAACUUGGAAAAGCACCAAAGAAUUCAUACUGGAGAAAAACCAUACAAGUGCUCACACUGUGAAAAGAGUUUCACUCGGUCACAAAACCUGAAAACACACGAGAGAAUCCAUACUGGAGAAAAACCAUACAAGUGCUCACACUGUGGAAAGAGUUACACCCGGUCACAAUAUCUGAAAGCACAUGAGAGAAACCAUACCACUGCUCUUCAUGUUUCCACACAGCAGAUCAUGUAGUUACUCGCAUGAAAAGUUGCUUCCCAAAGUAAUCACAGAGAGAAGUUUUGCUUAAAACCUGAUAACAAAACUGCUAAGAGCAAGUUUUACUAAGGAAAUCUUAAAGGAAUAGUUCACACAAAAAUAAAAAUUCUCUCAUGAUUUACUCACCCUCCUGACAUCCCAGAUGUGUAUGAGUUACUUUCUUCUGAAACACAAACAAUUAAGAUUUUUAGAAGAAUAUUUCAGCUCUGUAGGUCCAUACAAUGCAAGUGAAUGGGUGCCAAAUAUUAAGCUCCAAA